AUGCGAACGGCUCUUGAGCAUGAGCGAACUGAGCGCGAUCGUCAACUGAGAGCCUAUGCCGAUCUCCAUAACGAACAAGGGGCUCUGAAGAGAGAACUGGAUCAGAUCAGGAAGGAAAACGACUGUUUGUCGAGGAACUGUGAUGGUCUCGGCUCGGAAGUGAGGAAGUUGAAACUCGCCGAGCAAGCUCAACGAGCUACCGUCGAAGACCUGAUGACAACG